UGAAAAAUGUCUGCUACCUUCAGUAAAUUCCCAGGCCCAAUUGAGUUUGUUAUCGAUAAACACACCGCUAAAUAAUGGAUUUACUGGGCAGUAUUUUGAGUUCCAUGGAGAAACCUCCUUCAGUAGGAGAGAAAGAAAAGAAGUUAGCACAAGAGAGGAAGAACCAGAUUGAGAAGAUGAAGCUGGAGGACAGGAAGCGGAAGAACGAAUUCAGAGCAAAAGUCGAGAAAGAAGUUGAUGCAUUUCUGAAUGACAGCGCACGAACCAGACUGAAGUAUCCACCGAUUGACAAGGUUUAUCGCAGCAUAAUACAUGACGUUGCAGAGGUAGCUGGAAUGACUUCAUUCUCUUUCGGAGAGGCAGAAGUAGACCGCUAUAUCAUGUUGUUCAAAAAGGAAAUCCCCCCUACCGAGGAGGAACUCAAUGCCUACAAGAGAGGAGAGAAGUGGGAUCCAGAGGAGGCUAGGUUCCUGGCAAAGAAAGUGGCGGAGGAGGCGGAGAAGGCGCGGCAGGUGGAAGAGGCAAGAGAACCGGUCAAGGUGGUACCCACUUCAGAUUACAAGGCUAAGUACAAAGACUUGAUCGGGGAGGAGAGUGCCAAAGAUGCAGCCCGUCAUCUCACACCAAACAAGCAGUUUGGCUUCGUUCCGAGCGAAAAUAAAAGAGACAAACGUUCAGUGGAGGAGACGUUAGAUGCAAUACGAGCUAAGAAGCAGAAGAAAUAUGAUGACGGUAUCCACCAAGUUCCGAGUAAUAUCGUGGCAGAGCUUUGCAGUACAUCAAACACAGAAAUCAUCGUGGAGGUUCCAAGUGCUAGUCAAAUUGAGGCAAAGACAGAGAGUAGCAGUUCAUCAAAAACAGAAGAUCAAUGAUGCUUGUAUCCCUCAGUUUCUAGAUAUUUAUAUGUAUUUUUUUUCAUUAUGCUCGUGUAAGUUUAUUUUUCCACUGCAAGUACAUUUUACUUCUCAUGCAAAGAUCAAGGAUUCUUUAAAGCUGUGAUGGAAGGCAGGGCUCUCCACACGCUUUUCUUUUAUUGCUGGGAUCCAAAAUGAUAUUAAAGAUAAAGACCAGUUCUGGUCAUGCGAUUGCAUUGUGAAAGAAACGUUGUGGAAUCG